AUGUCUAAGGAUGCCAAUGGUCACCAAUGAAAUUUCAAGGCUGAAGAAUUCACACCUUUCAGUUUUAAAGUCCCAUCAAGCUACAGUUUAAACCCACAAGCAAGCGCUUUUGUUCCUGAUGGAUUUCAGAUGGAUUUACCAGCACAAGUAGAAACUCCAGCCCCACCAGCUAUUGAAAUUCCUAAAGAAGAACCAAAAAUAACCAUAGAACAGCCACAAGAAGAAACAAAAACAAAGCAAAAAGUUUACACUCUAAGUUUCCUUAUGAGUCUGAGAGAAAAUUGCAAAAUCUUGUCCCCCAACAUUAAAAUACCAGAUCCUUACAACCCAUUUUCCAAAAACUCAAACAAGCGCGGAUCAAGAAACAAAGGCAAAACGGCCAAUUUCGGCCAAAGAGACACAGGUUUUCAACGAAAUGAAUCUGUUUUUACAUCUUGCAGCAUUUUAGUGAAAGCCGAAAACUCCUUCGUCGACAAGCUUAAAAAAGAAGUUGGGGAUAUAGAAAAAAUGGCAAGAAAAAUCAGAGGGAUUCUAAAUAAGCUUGCAAGAGAUAACAUGGAAAAGCUAGGAUCUUCCCUUGCUGAAGAAUUCGAAUACAACUAUGAGCUUUUACAUGAAUUGGUGAAGUUCAUUUUUGAAAGAGCAACAGCAUUGAGUUUUCCAGACCUUUAUGCUGAUCUUUGCGGAUUCUUGAGAAAAAAAUUCAAAGAAAAAGACGCUGAACUCAGCAAUGGAUUCAGAAUAAAACUCGUCGAAAAAUGCAGAGAGUGCUUCUAUAAUGAAGACAAACCUUUGGAAGCUGACGCACUGAUGGACGCAGAGUACAAAAGGCGACGACGGCUUAUUGGGAAUAUUAAAUUUAUCGGCUUAUUAUACAAACAAAGAAUGAUAAAAGCUGAUAUCAUGUUCGAGUGUUUCAAUGUUUUAUUGAAAGAAGACACAAUUUGCGAUGAAACAAUUGAAACAUCCUGCCACUUGUUCAGAGAAUGCGCUCCUCUGUUAGCGCUUCGAAAAGCUGAGCAGCUUCUUGAGUGCUAUAACACUCUUUCUUCAUUCAGAGCUGAUAUGCGAUUUUCUAAAAGAAUCCAAUUCAUGAUACAAGAUAUCAUUGACAAGCAUGAGAAAUUGAUGACUCCGGAAAAACAAGCGAAAAGUUUAAACUCUUCGCCUGUUAAAGAAGUCAAAAGCCCAGUUAAAGGAAAAGGUGUAAAAUUCGCCUUUGAAGAAGAAGACAAAGAGACUAGCAAAGAAACAGCAGGGCCAGCACCCACAAUUUUGAAGAAAAGUAUUUCUCAGGACUUUAAAGAUACGCUAAGAGGGACUACUAAAGCGUUUUUACUAGAUAGAGAUAUUGCAGCUGCUUUACUCUUCACAUCUGUGAGCGGACAAAAAUAUUGAAAAAAUACGGAUUUUUUAAGUAAAAAUUAUCCUCCGUGCGAAAAAAAAUAUUUUAAAUAUAAAUUUUUUCAUGAAAUAAUAUUUUGAUAUAUAAGCGAUAAUUAGCAUAAUGAAAUCCCUAGUUAAUUAGUGCAAUUUAAGCAGCUUAAAUUUAAAUUAAUUCUUGAUAUAAAUUGAGAUUCUUUUUAAUUUUAUAAAAAAAAUUUAUGAUUUACCCCCCCCCUCCGUGAGUGAACAAAAAAAUUUUGUUCACUCACGGAGGGGGGUUAAUUUUUUUUUUUCAAAAAAAUUUAUAUAUAAAUUUUAUAGAAAAUUUUUUUUUUCGAAAUUUAAAAAAAUCCUAAUUUUGCAAAAAUUGGAAAGCAAAUAUUAAUUUAAUUUAUAAAAUUUAUGUUUUAAAAAGCAAAUUGUUUAAAAUUAAACAGAAUUAGCUCUAGAUUUCAUUAUACUAAUUAUCACUUAUAUAUCAAAUUUUUUUUCCAUAAAUUUUUUUCUAUUUAAAAAAAUUUUUGUUCACUCACGGAGGUGGGGUUUUUUGGACAAAAAAUAGCGAUUUUUCUAAUGGUUUUGUUCACUCACGGAGGGGGGGGAGUUAGUUAAAAAACAAUAAAAUUUUUUUUGCUCGCUCAUGGAUAGAGGGGAAAUCAGAGAAAUUUGAGAUGAUUUUACAACAAAACGCGGACAGUCAGAGACAAAUGCUGCACAUUAUUCUGAAAUAUGUUCUCAGUGAAUAUGGAAAAGAUGGGGAGUUUGAAGCGAUUUGUGAUGUAAUUUUACGUCUAAUCGAGCAUUCAAAUGGUAAAGUUGAUGGCAGCAUAUUUGAGACAAGCAUUUACAUGACCAUAGAAGUAAUCAAUGACAUCAGGCUUGACUCUCCCAAUGCUUCAAACUAUUUGAGACACAUUAUCAUCUAUUCGAAGAAAAUCGGAAUAGAGUUGGAUCAGGAUGCUUUGAUAAAGCAUCUCGACGAGUAUUUAUCUAGAAAAUUAACCGAUUAA